AUGCGUUUUAACAAAAAGCGCCAGUCGGCCGAUCAGUCGACUCUUGGGGGACCGCCCGGUCCUAACGGGCGUGGCCAGCUCCCCAUGUUGCAGUUCCCAGACAAGCUGCGCUAUAACCUCCUCUGUGUCAUCGGGGAGUUCGUGGGCACUUUCAUGUUCCUGUUCUUCUCCUUCGCUGGAACCCAGGUGUCCAAUACGCCCAAGGCUCCCCAUGGGUCUCCACCCAAUACAUCGAAUCUGCUGUACAGCUCCUUGGUCUUUGGCUUCUCGUUGGCGGUCAACGUUUGGGCAUUUUUCCGUGUCACUGGCGGGCUCUUCAACCCAGCGCUAAUAAUAUCAGGUCACGCUCGCACUCUGUGUGACUGGCGGAAUGCCCCCCUUCGCGGCCUCUUUGUGUUCCCAGCGCAACUUCUCGGUGGCAUUGCUGCUGCAGGUGUAGUGAGCUGUCUGUUUCCAGGACCAGCCAACUUCACUACUCGACUUGGUGGCGGUGCCUCGAUCUCGCAGGGGCUGUUCAUUGAGAUGUUCCUGACUGCGCAGCUGGUUUUGGUCAUCAUCAUGCUGGCUGUGGUCAAGCACAAGUCGACCUAUCUGGCUCCCGUCGGAAUUGGCCUUGCCUUCUUUGUGUGCGAGAUGGUCGGUGACUUCUACACUGGUGGCUCCCUGAACCCGGCACGAUCCUUGGGCCCCGACGUUAUCAACCGUUCAUUCCCGGGAUAUCAUUGGAUCUACUGGGUCGGUCCGCUACUUGGCUCCCUUCUCGCCUCAGGAUUCUACGGACUGCUUGUACUUGUCCGUUGGCAAAACAUCAACCCUGGUCAGGACUACGACGAAUGGGAAGCCGAAGCCAAGGCAAGGAAGGAGUCAACAGUUCCUUCCGAACACACUGUCACCGAUCAAGGUCAUGGUCAGGACCAGCGCCGGUUUUACGCUGAUGUCCCCCAGUCGAAUGGUGGCAACUAUGUUAAUGGCGCGGAAGUCCGUCGCGAGUUGCCCCCCGAUGAGCAGGUUUAA